AUGCCUCCCAAUAACGCUGCCGUCGCCGGGCGGAGGCCCCAGGGCCAGAACCAGGACCCGACAUCAGCCAUCCCCGGCUGGACAAAGCUCUUGAUCGGAGGAGUAUGCUACUUUGGCCUCAACAUCUUCCUGAACCAGGCCUUCUCUAAAUCCCAGACGACCGUCACCCGGACCGAUCCCAAGACCGGCGAGAAGAUCCAGGUUGCCAGCAACACCGGCGAGAUCCCACCUUUCCAGCUCCGACCAAAAAAAUUAGAUGAAGGCGCGCAGUAUCAAGCCUUCCCGACCAAGAUCGCACCCAUCUGGCCUCAAGAUGCCCAUGUGGACAUCAUCGUAACUCUGUCGCCCUCUUUCAACCCCACCCCUCUCUCGCAGACCCCCGACGAAUACAUUGUUCUCAAUGAGAAGGAAUUCCACAUGAACAAUUACACGGACAAGAGAUCUGUCGAUACCAAGUUCACCGUACCUAAGGCUGUUCAGAACAAUGGCACUCUUUGGGGCCACUUCUAUAUUGGACUUCCUGGAAGCGUUUUGGACCCCAAGAGCCCUCAAUUCAACUCUGAUGUGGCAUAUCACUUUGCCUACCCAUUGACUCAAUAUCUUCCCAAGAAGAAGAUCGCCAAGACUCGUCACCUGCUCGAUGAUCUACCCGCUCCUGUCGAGGAAGAGCCUGAAGAGAAGACACCUGGGCCUAUCCUUGCCAAUUACUAUCACCCCAAUGCAAGUUUCUCCAUCGUUCCCAACAUGGGUGUUGCCAAUUUCCGACAAGUUCCAAAUGCUGCCAAACACUUUCUCCAACUUGAGAGAACUGGUGCCCGUGACGGAAGUGGUGAGAAUGGAUGGUACUACCCCCUCCUAUUUGUGAACAACUUCUGGCAGCUUACCAGCCACAUGACACUUCUCAAUGAUACGGUCACUGAACUCCCUAUCCAUAUUGACCUCACCAAUAUGGCAAGCUGGAAGUUCCAGAUCUUGGCAAACAUGGAGAUGAACUCGAAGGAGAACGCUCGCCAGGCUGCUUUCGGAAACUCCCUGCCCACCGGCGGUGAUGGGACUGAGAUCGAGAUGAUUAAGGAGAUUUUUAUUGAUACCAACCCUAUUCUUCUCGGCGUGACCAUCGUUGUGAGCAUUGCCCACAUGAUUCUGGAGACUCUCGCCUUUGGCUCCGAUAUUGCCCAUUACCGCAAGAAGAAGGACAAUGUUGGUAUUUCCGUGCGCUCCAUCCUGGCCAAUGUUUUUAUGCAGACCGUCAUUCUCCUUUACCUGGUCGACAAUUCUCAAAACACCAGCUGGAUGAUCCUGGGCCAGCAGGCGAUCGGCAUCCUUAUCGAAUUCUGGAAGAUUACUACUGUGGUGAACGUACGAGUUCGACCUGCCCCUCCCGGAUCAUGGUUGCCAUUCUGGAUUGUAUUUGAAGACAAGAGCCAGCUCAGCGAGACGGAACAGAAGACCAAGGAGUACGACCAGAUCGCCUUCAAGUACAUGUACUACCUUGCUGUGCCGCUCCUGAUUGCCUACGGCAUUUACUCUCUAUACUACGAUACGCACAAAUCUUGGUACUCGUAUAUCAUCACUACUUUGGUGGGGUCUGUCUAUGCCUACGGAUUCUUGAUGAUGGUCCCCUCGCUGUACAUCAACUAUAGGUUGAAGAGUGUUGCGCACAUGCCCUCCAAGGCCAUGAUGUACAAAUUCCUCAACACCUUCAUUGACGAUCUGUUUGCCUUCACCAUCAAGAUGCCCCUGCUUCACCGUCUGGCAACAUUACGUGACGACGUCAUCUUCUUUGUCUACCUUUACCAGCGCUGGGUUUACCGCAUUGAUUAUACGCGUGUGAACGAAUUCGGACAGGGUGGUGAUGAUGAUGAGCCAGAGGAGAAGAAGAAGGAAGGUGAGGAGGCUGAGGCUAAGACCGAGGAGAAGGCCGAAGGAAAGGCCACGGGUGCUUCUACUGGCAAGGCAACAAAGCGAAAGUAG